CGCGGAAGAAGCGCAGGCGCGGUGCGGGCUGUAGGCUGCGCGGGAAGGACGUCUCCGACCAUGAACCAGCCACACUUUAUCAGUUAUUCGGAGCUCUCGGUGCGCGCGCCGUCUCCCGACAUGACCCUCUAACGUGUUUCAGACUGAAAGCAACUCAGAUCUCAUACAAGACUUAUAUUUUUAAGUGACGUGCAGUGUAGUUUUUAAGCUUUAGUGAUUAUAUUUACGGAUUUAUUUUCCCGAUCUGGAUGUCCCACGGUCGUGUUUACUGGAUUAUUAUGCAGUCGUGGUACAAAAUUUGUUAACAAAAUAUAGCAGUAUAUCAUCAAAAUGAGGCUGUCAACGAGUGAAGAGAUCCCUACGACGACAGUGGGCCGCACAGCCAGCCCCGGCGCGGGCGCUGUGUCCGUGGCAGACUCGUACGAUGUGACGCGCAUGCGCGAGGAAGAGUUCGAGAGGCUCACCGUGUACAUAGUACCAGACGUGCCAUGCGAACGCGGUGCGCCAAACAGAGCCGAGAGGACUCUGCCACGCAGUUUAGCACUCCGGCCAUCGGCAGUACUAUCCACCCCUAACACACCGACGGAAGGCGUAUGGAGUACAGGAGUUAUACCAAGAGGGACGAGAUUUGGUCCGUUUGAAGGCACUCGUACACCAAACAAACCAAACGAUAAAGUCUCUUGGCGUUAUUACUGGAGGGUACAAGAAACUGUCAGGCAUCAUACUUAUGGAAAUAUUAAGAUAUUUAAAGAUAGCGAUUACUAUUACCUUGAUGGAUCUGAUACGAGCGUUGCGAACUGGAUGCGAUACGUCGCUUCGGCGUACUCGCUCUCUGUGAUGAAUCUGGUCGCGUGUCAGCAUCAGGAGCACAUUUAUUUCUACACCAUUAGGGAUAUUAUGCCAAAUGAAGAAUUGAUGGUAUGGUACUGCAAAGACUUUGCAACAAGGCUUGGCUACGAUAUCGAUCCUGAAAGAGCUACAUAUUCCAUAUUGUCGUCAAUUGCAGGUAAAGAAGAAACUAUCAAGAAAGCAUACGGCUUACCACCAGCACCUGUGCAUCCCGAAAUCGCCUUUAAUCACAUGAAAUAUGUUCUUAGCCUCACAAAUGCUAAAGAAAUUCUGGACGGAGAAAUUCCAAUAAGGCGGCGAAAACGUGAUUCUAAUGAUAAACCUAUACACGAAAGUUCUAAUCUACUACCGCGAGAUGAUCCACGGAAUAUGAUAAAAAAUGACAGGAUAAAUGUACGAAGUGAUAUUUCUGCAAAUAUCGUCCAUCCUAAAUCUGAUAGUCCUAUCAUAAACGAUCAUACAUCUUUGUCACCUAGCAAUUUAAUGCAACCACCUUCACCAGUUAAGUUGCACCACCGAGAUCAAACGUUAAUCAUUCAUCAACAUAAAGAGAGUACAUCGCAUGUAGUAAUACACCAGCUUGAAAACCCGAGAAUAAAUGGUAACAGAUCACCGGCACAUAAUGUACAUUUGAGAGACGUUCGCGGGCCGUCGCCUCUUGCAGCGACUAAUCAAGAUAAAGUCGACAGUAAAUCUCCUACUUUCACUCAUUGUGUGCCGACACAUUAUGAACACCAACUAACGCCUAAUGACGGCUCCGUUAGAUCCGAUGAAGGCUAUCACAGUAAUGGUUAUCAUGAUGAAUUCACACCGCCAGAAGACUCGAGUGACUCGGAUGUGGAAAAUUACGUGUUAGAUUGCUCGAACAAAACAAACGAGCCGAAAGAAACUGUUAUAGUUCAAAAAAUAGAGCAAGAUAAUAUGCACCGCAAUGAGUACAGAAAAGUUAAAAUAAAGAUGCCAAGAGCCUAUCAAUAUCAAAAUCACAAAGAUAUGGAUUGUGAAAGCGAAAAAGAACUAAUAAUCGCAGAAGAAGUAAUGAAUACUUCGCCGCAAAACUUAUCACCGCCUCGCCGGGACCCAGCCACUUCGACGGUAAUAGUAUUGGAAUCUUCUCAAAACACAGUUGUCCCUCUAACUAAACCAUACUACGAAGAUGAAACUGUAUCACCGACACCCCAGCCAGCUUACUUGCGAUACACACCACCAGAUACACGAAUAUUAGAAACUAUUCUCACUGGAAAUAGAAUGGACCCUAACAACAAUGAUUCAAACCGAAGACAACCUAACGCAACACCGCCGCCGUCAUCGCCGACAGAAAUGGCCUAUUCUUAUAAGAAAAGCCAAAGGUACGGUAACGCUUGCAGUCCUGAUUCUAGUUCAAACCUAACGCCGUUACCGUCACUGCUGCCGUUGCCACAACAGCUGCCAGCACCAAAUUCGGUAUCAGUUUAUUCUUCAUCACCACCGCACACUAUUCCACAUACAACGGAGAUACGAGAAAUACGAGAAAUAAGGGAAAUAAGAGAGACGCGGUACGAAAGCCAUUACCCGAACUACUCGUAUAGCCUUUAUUCACCGCCUAACUCGACAAUAAUUACUCAAUUAGGGUCUCCGCCAAGCACAUAUUCGCCGACAGUUUCAUCGUCACAUCAAUAUGAGAGAAUUCAAAAUGGACAGAACAAUCAUCACUUUCCCUCUUCGACCAGUGUUAUAACGUUAAAAAAUUGCUCACAAUUAAGUUUAAUUCAAAACGCUAAUGUUAAUGGCCAGCUUGUACCGCAGCACGGCAGCAUGAGUCCUGACGGAUCAUGUGGUCUCAUAGUCGGACCGUUGAGUCCUAAUUCACAAUCGUCUCGUGGUUACAGGAGUUUACCGUAUCCGUUAAAGAAAAAAGACGGAAAAAUGCAUUACGAAUGUAAUGUUUGCUGUAAAACCUUUGGCCAGCUUUCAAAUCUUAAGGUUCACUUGAGAACACAUUCCGGCGAGCGACCAUUCAAAUGCAAUGUUUGCAGUAAAUCAUUUACACAACUAGCUCAUCUACAAAAACAUCACCUCGUCCAUACGGGCGAAAAACCUCACCAAUGUGAUAUUUGCAAAAAACGAUUUUCAUCAACAUCCAACUUGAAAACACAUCUAAGACUACAUUCAGGCCAGAAGCCGUAUGCCUGUGACCUGUGUAUGCAGAAGUUCACUCAAUUCGUUCAUCUGAAACUGCACAAGAGACUUCACACGAACGAUCGUCCGUACGUUUGCCAAGGGUGUGACAAGAAGUACAUCAGCGCAUCAGGUCUAAGAACUCACUGGAAAACAACUAGCUGCAAACCAAACAAUAUUGAAGAAGUUUUAGCGAUAACCAAUGCUGCUCAUACUGAAUGUAUCGGUAACAUCGACAAAGACUGCCACGAAAGAGAGGGGCACGAGGCAUACGAGGUUCACUCAGCAUCGCAGGGAGGGCUGGUGGGAGCCGGUGGGGCGCGAGUGCUGUCGCACGAGGCUCUGAUGGGAGGGCACGCGCAUACGACGACGCCGCACCUAGCGGGGCACGGGCAGCUGUCGCCGAGCCCCGGCCCGCAGUACCGCCUGCUGCCCGGGGCGGAGCACCCGCAGCACUACAGCUCGCCGGGCAGCGAGACGAGACCCAGCGUGAUCGAGUCCAGCCAACCCCUCAUCAUCGAGUGCACUUGAGCAGCGCGCAUCGUCGCGCGAGUCGGACGCGUUCUCCCCCGCCGCAUUUUGUGAUUCCAGUUUUGUGAUCAAAUAAAAGUAUUUUGUUAAAUGUGUUAAGACAAUCGUGAGAUGGACUCUAUGAAUUGUCUUAUUCAGUGGCUAUGAGAUUACGAUACGAACGUUAAGUUGUAAAAAAUAAUUAUUAGUUAUGUAUAGUUGCAUGAUAAGUACUAAGUACUUAAAUAGAAUGCAGUUUAGUAAAUAAGAAUCUAUAUUUUAUUACCCAUUGUUGUAAUUUUGUUAAGAUUGGCAGCCUCCCUCUUGCGCUAGUGCUCAAAUCGAUUGUUUUUUUUUAAUUCUAUUGUAAAUAAUCAUACGUUUGAACAUCGACUUUAGAAAUUUUAUAUAUUUUUAUGUAAAUAUCGUGUAAAUAGUUAUGAAGGAAUUAAUAUCAAUAUUAUUAUGAAAUGGUAUUCAGACAGGCAGGUAGGUACCUACUACGUAAUUUUCCAGUAUCUUUCCUAUUUAACUGCAACGUGAAUACGAAUUGCUUAAAUUUCACCAAAGAAGAUCUUAUCUGCUGUUUGUUGUAUUUGAACUUAAUUUAAAUCAUUCGUUACAUCAUGCAUAACCGAACGAAGAAUAAUAUCUAACCAUGAUGACGACAAAGCGCUAAACAUUUAAAAUAACUUCUUGAUGUGCAAGAAAGAAAAUUAGAAAUAAAUUUAUCUCAUAUUAGUGGAUAAGUGCCAAAAGCGCGAUAAUAUUUUAUUACUUUUUAAGUUAACCUAAUAAAAUAUUCGCAUAGUAUUUUUAAAACGUUGUUCCUAAUGAAUUAUUGGAGAGUACGCGCGUAUAUGCAUCAACUUAACUCUAACAUUACUUAGAUUAGAUCGGAUGAACUUUGUACAUUAUCCCUACGCUAGAACAAAUGGUGCUUCACAUCGUAGAGUAGACGUUCGGUCAGUCGACGAAUUGACCGACGGAACUACAUGUAAUUAUUAUUCACCGAGUUUACUAGUUAUACUAUUUUAGGUAUAUUCCAAAUUUUUAUUAUGAUUCUCCUACUCGAAAAGGCUGAGAUAAAUGUGUAAUGAAACGAUUGGCGAAUGUAAUUAUUGGUCCUGUACCUACUGGUUCGCAUUAUGUGUGAGAUCGACUGUCGCAACUCGCGUGAUGGUGUAACUCGUACGUGAUGUAGAACCAAGCGAUAGCUUUUUGUAUAUUUCUAUUGUUCGUAAGAUAAGAUUUUUACACGCAAUCACUUAUAAAUUUAUUAUCUGUAUAUUUUAUACCAAGCAUUUACAGAGCUAAAAAUUUUGUAACGAAUGCCGUUGGAUAAUUUUGUCAAAUUAUUGUUAAUGUAGACAAAUUAUUCUAUCUUUGAAAUAUUAUGAUUUCGACGUUAUAUAUCUAUUUUUUAUUGUAUAAUAGACUUCAAGUUUUGAAAAUUGAUACUACUCUAAAAACGAUCAAACUACAAUUGCAUUAUGAAUUUUUGCCUAAAUAUUUUUUUGUUCAAAUUCUAUUUAAUUUAUGUACGAUAUUCAAGUACUUUCUAGAAGUGAAGAUGUAGAAAACUUUUAAUUUUUUAUUUAACUACUCCACAUCUAAUUUUAAACCUACUAAACUAUAGAAUGAUUAACGAGAAAAAUCCAUUUAUUUCAUUAAAUCUGUAUAUUUCCCAUUGGUAGGAUUUGCUUUAAUGGAAUCUACAUACCUACUCGUACCAAACCCACUAACAGUUAUGUACGGUGGCAUGGGUUUUGGUGCUACGAUAGAAAUCUUUAAAACAAGGCAAUAAAAUGGUAUGAUUAACUCUACCAGUGUCCCAGACGGAUACCUGGAUCAAGUGUUAUUGUUGUAUACAACACACAUUUUUGGAUCAAAGUUCUUUUUCAUACAAAGGCACUAGCAAGUUGUUAUAAUACCGUAAAAUACAAAGUUUUUCUAAUAUUGGAAUGUGGCAUGAGUGGCUGCUUCUAACCGUUCCUAUUGCCAUGUUAUUAAGACUUCUAUGGAUCAAAGUCUUUGAUGUUUACGAGAUGUAUCGACGGACGAUAAAAGAGCUUGUAUCGUGUGUGUAUCCAUAUUUCGUGAAAUCUCUAAAACAAUUAUGUAUAAUAAGUAAGUACAUAAGUUGUAGAGUUUAAAAAAUGCUUUGUACUCACUUGAAAAUUAAUAAAUUGUUUGUAACAUUUUGGUAUAAAAACUAGUAUACCCAAUAUAUUAUUAUUAUCUAUAGUUAGGUUUAUACGAAAAUGUUACGAACUCUACUAUAUUUUUAAUUGAAAUCUUCCGUCUAAAUAUAUUCUUAUAGUUUAAAACAAAACGUCGAAAUCUAAUUAUAUAGCAUACGGCACUUCCUAUAAAUAUAAUUAAAUAUGUAAAUUACGCAAUAAUAUAAAUAUAAAUUAUUAAAAUGUAUUUGCUAUUGCAUGAUCUUGUUAAUAACUUCACACCAUUCCUUGUAUUGUUCAUGUUUUACUUGGAUUUUAUAGAAACUUAUGUAUUUUUGUACCUUGUAUUUCAGUUAAGGUAGUGAAACGUUUAAAAUAUAUUUCUAUGUAAACGGAAGGACAUUUAUAUAAUAAAGGCAAACCAUUUACGCACAAACUUCGCACUAAAAAUAUCCUUUGAAUGAAAUGAUGGCAUAUUUUGUAAACUCCGUAAUAGAGAUCUUUUGAAAAAACUUUUUUAUGUAAAUAUUCUUCCGUAGAUGUGAAAAUUAUAAGCAAUAAAAAAUUAAACAAAGAAUAUUCGGAUAAAGUUAGUAUCUUCAAUUUCAGUUAACACCAAUGUAAAUAAAUAACGCUCUAAGCACACUUCCGUGUCGGUUUAUUAAAAUGUUUAUGAUAAUUUAAUCAGUCAUUAUACAAAAAGUAAACUUUGUAACAAUAUUGUAAAAAGUUGUACCUAAAACCUAAGAAGGAUAGAUCGUUCAUACAUUAUAUAAGUACAAUACCCUACCUUUGGUAUGGAAGUGUAAACAAUAUACCUACCUGUGUAUUUCAUAAUUUCUGCUACUAUAUUUAUAAAAUGCAAAUUCAUUUAUAUACCUCAUCACGAUUAUUUGUGUUGAGGUAAUAUCUAAUAUAAAAUUAUUUAAUACGCCAGAAAUACAAUACUCACUGUAAAGGCCUGUAAUUUUGUACACAAUGAUCAACAAUUAUUUUACAACACCGAAACAAUUAAAAAACAGGAGUAAAAAUUAUAA